AUGCUGAUCCGAGACACAACAACUUUUAGAUCAAGGCUUCGGCCAUUUAUGUUAGGCCACUGCUUUUUCACCUCGUUUCUUCUUUCGUUUUUUCUUUUAUGCCAGGCUGAGCUACAGAGGUCAUGCUCACAACUUGGCACUCAGAAAAGAGGGGAAAACUGCCAGUUGCUUUGCCACUGCAGGAUUUAUCCACCUCUACCUCCUCCGCCUCCACCUCCACCCCCUCCUCGACUACUUAUUUCCACAGUUGCUGAGCCUCCUGUUCUUUUGCUGCAGCCGUGGUGGAUGGACUUCAUUGUGGUGGGGACAGUAGGAUGUGCUUCAGCUUUCUUACUGCUUUUAACUGUCCUCCUUUGUUACAAGGCCAUUAAGAGGAAGCCACUAAAAAAAGAGGAGAAUGGUUGUGGAGAAUAUACCAUGAGCUCCCGCAAGAAAAAGACCAAAAAUGUUGGCAGUAAUAAUGUUUUAGUGUAA